ACAAGCUCACCGAUCACCAUUGUUUAGCAGACUACGAAUUGCCAUGGCGAAAGGGAAAGUAGUUUUAAUGAUGAUAACGGCGGCUUUAAUGAUGGAGGGGUCAAGGGCAAUAAGUUUGUGCGACAUGGACGAUGAGGGUAUCGAGGCGUGCAGGCCAUCUGUGACACAGCCGAAUCCAGUUGAUCCGACGCCCGAGUGUUGCGAGGCUCUUAAAGGGGCUAACCUCACAUGCUUGUGCUCAUAUAAGAAUUCGUAUUGGCUGCCUUCACUUGGUAUUGACCCUGCACUUGCCAUGGGUUUACCCCCAAAGUGCAAGCUCGAUAUGCCCCCUGAUUGCUGAUUAAGGUUUCCUGGGAGGAACAUCAACCGUGUUUUGUCAGCCUUUCACAAAUUGUAAUCUCUUGUGUGUGAAAAUCAAGUUUGCAAGUCUUCUAAAAAUGUGUGUUAAUUAUUAUUUGGUUUACCAAAGUUGUAUGAAUGGAUGCAAAUCAUGUCUUUUGGUUUUC